AUGACGAUGUUAGGUUUAUCUUUAAAUUUCCUUAGUCAUUAUCAGAAUCAACAUUUUAAAUGGAACGUUGAACAUCAGCGCAAACAUUGGAUACUUUCGAAGCAUUGCAACGACGUACUGUUUGCUAAAUCUUUAAGAAAUUUACCACUGAUCUCAUUUGAAGUAGGUUAUAUCAUUUCAAUUAUCCUGCGGCUUCUCUAUAGCCAUGGACGAGAUCUGACGUGCGCAUUUAUUUUAAAGGCUAAAUUUUAUUGGCACCAAUAUGUUUCUAAAAAGAAAUAUGAUAAAUGCUUUGAGAGGGAGCUUCGUAAUAUGCUCAACUCAACCCUACUCAAAGCAUCUAGUCGACAAAAUAUAUCUGUUGAACACAUCCUCAUUUCCAAACAGCUGAUCAAUCUUGAUAAGUACGACCCAUUAACUCGACGAAAUUUUAUCCAAAUGACCGUCAAUUUCAUCAGAAACCAGUCAUCAUUAGAAAUUGUAUGUUUAGAAGGUCUCGAUCUCACAAUAAAUGAAAUAUCAGAGAUACUGUUAGCAUUGGUUUGGUCAAACAAAUGUAUUAAGUUUUUAAUGUUAUGGCGAGUUUUCAAAUAUCAUGCUAAGCCACGAGUGAGGGCAAAAAUUACAGACGCCGAAGGAUUCGAUAAAGCUACUUUUUCUCAUUUACCAAAAUGGCUACAAGCGAUAACAAAUCUGAAGUACCUUGAAUCAAUAUCAUUGAAUUACACUUACAUAGCUUCGGAAACUGGAAAAGAGUUGAUAUUUCUGGCAAAAUCUUUGAAUAAGUGUUGGAAAAUUUUACAACUGUUAUGCCUAAAAAAGGAAAUAACAGUUACCAUACCUGAUUGUACUUGGAAUGAAGUAAGAAAAUGGUCACCUAAAAUCAGAGUUCAAUUCAUUAUUCUUGGAAUAUCUGAAUACGAUCAACACAGUAAAUUUUUGACGAAAAGUAUUCCGAUUCAAGCGCUGCAUUUAUCGACAAAUCUCGAACUGUUAUCUCAUUACCCAUGUAUGAUAGAUUGCACACUGAAAAUCAUUUAUAGAUGGUAUCAUAGACAUUUAGUGAAACUCUACCUUAGUGUAUGGAAUGUACAAGAAACAUUUGACAAUCACUUAAGAAAAAUCUUUCCGUGCCUACCAAAUUUAGAAACCUUUGAGUUUCUGGGGUUCAUACAAGACGUAGUUACCAUUCACACAAUGUGCUGCCAAGUUAGAUUCGGAGUUUGCGCUGUCAGGAAUAUAGACUUGCGUUUGACAAACAUUAACAAAUCGGAAAUGCGUGACUCCGCAUGGAUAAGUAGAUUAGAGUGUAUUCUAGAACCAUUUAAAUGUGACUUUGAUGCAGCUGGAAUUUCAUUUAGAAUCCAGACUUAUCCUUGUUAA